AUGUCGGGUUACGGAGGUUACGAUGGGGGUUUAAGGAGCAGCGGGUCAAUGAAGCAGUCGGAGAGAUCAAGAUGGACGCCACUUACACGGAUGUUGUUGUCGGGCGAAAUGACACAGGAAAGGCAAAAGGAACUGACUCCAAGGGAAAAGUUCGACAAGUGGAUGGUGAACGAAGGAUAUCGCCGAAUUUUCGUCUUCGUUUUCAUGUUCCUCCACGCCAUCUUAUUCGCCUUCAGUUUCGUCAAUUUUGCGGUGAAGGAGAACUUACAAAUAGCCCGAGACACAUUUGGCCCGACGUUUAUGAUUGCCAGAUCCGCUGCGCUGGUCCUCCACGUCGAUGUCGCCUUGAUUCUGUUCCCCGUUUGCCGAACGCUCAUUUCCAUGGCCAGACAAACGCCCCUGAACGGCAUUAUUCAGUUCGACAAGAACAUCACUUUCCAUAUCACCACCGCUUGGUCGAUCGUGUUUUGGUCCUGGGUUCAUACGAUUGCCCAUUGGAACAACUUUGCUCAGGUCGCCGCUAAGAACAACUUGGGCAUCUACGGAUGGCUUCUCGCCAACUUCGUGUCGGGCCCGGGCUGGACUGGAUACGUGAUGUUGAUCGCGCUCAUGGGAAUGGUCAUCACCUCGGUUGAGAAGACGAGACGCGCCAACUAUGAACGAUUCUGGUACACUCACCACAUGUUUAUCGUCUUCUUCUUUUUCUGGUCGAUCCACGGUGCUUUCUGCAUGAUUCAGCCCGACUUUGCACCCUUUUGUAUUUCGAUCGGCACCCAGGCUAUCGGCGUCUUUUGGCAGUACUGGAUGUACGGUGGUUUCGCCUACCUGGCCGAGCGUGUUGCCCGUGAGAUUCGCGGCAGACACAAGACAUAUAUCUCCAAGGUCAUUCAGCACCCGAGCAACGUCUGCGAAAUUCAGAUCAAGAAGGAGCACACCAAGACCAGGGCUGGACAGUACAUCUUUUUCUGCUGCCCGGCUGUUUCUCUCUGGCAGUAUCACCCAUUCACUCUGACCAGCGCUCCCGAGGAGGACUACAUCUCGAUCCACAUGCGCGUUGUGGGUGACUUCACCAGGGCUGUUGCUGAGACUUUGGGCUGCGAGUUCGACAAGAAGAAGGGGGAUGCUUCCAAGGUUGUUGGUGUGGAUCAGUCCAACGAUGAGGUUGAUCCCGCUCUCCGCCGUGUGCUUCCCCGUGUUUACAUCGAUGGACCCUUUGGCUCAGCUUCGGAGGAUGUGUUCAAGUACGAGAUUUCGGUUCUCUGCGGUGCCGGUAUCGGUGUUACGCCUUUCGCCUCGAUUCUCAAGUCGAUCUGGUACCGCAUGAACUACCCUCAGAAGCGGACACGGCUCAGCAAGGUCUACUUCUUUUGGAUUUGCAGAGAUUUCGGUUCUUUUGAGUGGUUCCGCUCGCUUCUUCUCGCUAUUGAGGCGCAGGAUGUGGACAACAGAAUCGAGAUUCACACGUACCUGACAGCCAAGAUCAAGGUUGAUGACGCGACGAACAUCAUGAUCAACGACGCCAACGCCGACAAGGACACGAUUACUGGUCUCCGGUCACCGACCAACUUUGGUCGCCCCAACUGGGAUAUGAUCUUCAGAGGUAUCCGGAAGCUUCACACGCCUGCCGAGGCUGGUGUGUUCUUCUGCGGUCCCAAGGGUUUGGGCAGCCAACUGCACGUCUUUUGCAACAAGUACAGCGAGCCUGGGUUCAACUUUGUUUGGGGCAAGGAGAACUUCUAA